AUGUGCCACCCUGAGAACGAGCAGAGUGUCGUCGUCACCGAUGGGCACGCGGUGCUGCCCGAAGGCAUGACGCACCUGCCGGACUGGGCGUUCCUCAACCGCACCUCUCUCGUCUCGGUCGCCUUCCCGAGCAGCCUCGUCUCCAUCGGCAGCAGCGCCUUCUUCGACUGCUCCUCGCUCGUCUCCAUCGACCUCCCCGCCAGCCUCACCUCCAUCAGCAGAGGCGCCUUCUACCGCUGCUCCGCCCUCUCCUCCAUCUCCCUGCCUGCCAGCCUCACCUCGAUCGGCAGCCGCGCCUUCUACCGCUGCUCUUCCCUCUCCUCCACCUUCCCCGCCGGCCUUACCUCCAUCGGCGAGGGCGCCUUCGAGGGCUGCUCCUCCCUCACCACCGUCACCUUCCCCGCCGGCCUUACCUCCAUCGGCGACGGCGCCUUCUCUGGCUGCUCCUCCCUCACCACCGUCACCUUCCCCGCCGGCCUUACCUCCAUCGGCGACGGCGCCUUCUCUGGCUGCUCCUCCCUCACCACCGUCACCUUCCCCGCCGGCCUUACCUCCAUCGGCAGCGGCGCUUUCGAGCGCUGCUCCGCCAUCACCACCGUCACCUUCCCCGCCGGCCUGACCUCCAUUGGCAGCAUCGCCUUCUUCGACUGCUCCUCGCUCGUCUCCAUCGACCUCCCCGCCAGCCUCACCUCCAUCAGCAGAGGCGCCUUCUACCGCUGCUCCGCCCUCUCCUCCAUCUCCCUGCCCGCCAGCCUCACCUCGAUCGGCAGCCGCGCCUUCUACCGCUGCUCUUCCCUCUCCUCCAUCACCUUCCCCGCCGGCCUUACCUCCAUCGGCGAGGGCGCCUUCGAGGGCUGCACCUUGCUCGCCACAGUCACCUUCCCCGCCGGCCUUACCUCCAUCGGCAUGAACGCCUUCUCUGGCUGCUCCUCCCUCACCACCGUCACCUUCCCCGCCGGCCUUACCUCCAUCGGCGACGGCGCCUUCUCUGGCUGCUCCUCCCUCACCACCGUCACCUUCCCCGCCGGCCUUACCUCCAUCGGCAGCGGCGCUUUCGAGCGCUGCUCCGCCAUCACCACCGUCACCUUCCCCGCCGGCCUGACCUCCAUUGGCAGCAUCGCCUUCAGCGACUGCUCCGCCCUCGCCUCCAUCACCCUGCCCGCCAGCCUCACCUCGAUCGGCAGCAGCGCCUUCUACUGCUGCUCUGCCCUCUCCUCCGUCACCCUGCCCGCCAGCCUCACCUCGAUCGGCAGCAGCGCCUUCUACUGCUGCUCUGCCCUCUCCUCCGUCACCUUCCCCGCCGGCCUUACCUCCAUCGGCGACGGCGCCUUCUCUGGCUGCUCCUCCCUCACCACCGUCACCUUCCCCGCCGGCCUUACCUCCAUCGGCAUGAACGCCUUCGCACGCUGCUCCUCCCUCACCCGCGUCACCGUGCCAGACACUGCCACCACCAUCCGCCCCCGUGCCUUCCCACGCGCCACCACGGUCCUCCGCCUCUCGCCCGCAAAGAUGCGCUGGUACAAUGCCGUGGACCGGACUCUUGCCUACAAGCGCUUCGCUCUCGAACACAAGGUUGGCCUUCUUGGCUGGCUAGAGCGGGCCAACAUCAGGCUUGGCUCUUACGGCCCGGACGGCGCGGCGCGCAAGCGCGACCGCGAGGAGUUUGAGGGCGACUUUUUGCACGGCGCUGCGGCGGGAUCGUCCGGCGCAUGA